CCAACGAUAAUUUUCUAACGAGUCCUUUAUACCAUAAAGUUUUCCUCCACUUCAGCCUCACGUUUUGUUUCUCGUGAUACAAGGUGUGCAGAUGUAUGCUAGAAUUAUACCGCCGCCCAAAACCAGAGCAAUCAUAGCCAAAGUCGUCCAUGGGGUUGAGCUCGAAGUGACGCGAGUUGGCACCAGUUUCUUUAUUGCGGGCAAUUCGGCAACUUCUUCGGUUGUCAAACCCCAUCUUCUGGCCUUAGCGAUCAGGGAUCUCAGGCGUCGCGACGCCUUCUCGCAAGACUUCUUCGACGUCCGCUUGGAUAAGCCGUCUAAACAGUUCCCGAAGUGUCCCAUAAUAUCGCGACGUUUCUCAUUCUUGAGUCAAUUCAAGCGCUGCAACAAGUUCCGAACAUCGACCGAAACUGUCGAGAAGUCCCAGAAUCAAAUAAUGGGCGCGUAA